AUGGAUGAUAGGUCUUGGAUCUUUAUUGAAGACCGAGUCAAUAAUCCGUACUUUGAAAAGUGUCUGAGUGACUUCCUUAAAUUUGCCUACAAAAAGAAGGAGGUUGGGAGUAGAAUAUAUUGCUCAUGUAGGCGAUGUAAAAACUCAGAACGAAGAAAGGAAGAAACUGUGCGUGCACAUGUAACAAUGAAGGGGUUUUUGACCACUUAUACAAAUUGGAUUUAUCAUGGUGAAGAUCCAUGGGACUUCAAUCAAGAAAAUAUGAACAAUGGAGUGUUUAGGCGCAUUGAAAAUGAUGACAUGAAUGAAUUGAUACACGAAACACUUGGAAGAACACUUGAAGAGAAUUCUAACAUAAAUUUAGAAGAACUUAGAGGAGCCUGUGAUGAAGAAACUAAUAAGUUUUUUAAGUUGCUGAAGCAUGCCGAAACAGAGUUAUACCCUGGAUGUAAAAAUUUUACUCUUCUAUCAUUUGUCAUCAAGUUGUUGCAUGUCAAGUCUCUUUGUCGAUGGAGCAACAACUCAAUGACAAUAUUACUGGAGCUUCUCAAGGAAGUUUUUCCUGAGAAUGAAUUAUUUCCAAGCUCUUAUCGUGAUGCUUGGAAAAUUGUUAAAGACUUGGGUCUUAGCUACCAUAAAAUUCAUGCAUGCCCCAAUGAUUGCUUGAUUUAUUGGAAGGAGACAGAACAUGAAACCUUUUGCAGAAAGUGUGGAACUCCUAGGUAUAAGCAAAUUGUAAAACAAUCCGAUGAUUCAAGUGAACAAGCUAACAAAGUUCCAGCAAAGCUUGUUCGCUAUUUUCCUUUGAAACCACGUCUCCAAAGGCUGUUCAUGUCAUCAAAGACUGCUUCAUUAAUGAGAUGGCAUGAAGAGGAGCGCAUCAAGGAUGGAAAAUUGAGGCAUCCGACAGACUCUUUAGCUUGGAAGCAUUUUAAUAACCGGCACCCAAGCUUUGCUAGUGAUCCUCGCAAUGUUCGUGUUGGACUUGCAGCGGAUGGAUUUAACCCAUUCAAAGCAAUGAACAAUAAAUACAUCACCUGGCCAGUGAUUUUAGUGCCAUAUAAUUUACCCUCAUGGAUGUGCAUGAAGCAAACAUCAUUUAUGUUGUGUUUGCUAAUUGAUGGGCCUAAAGCUCCAGGUAAUGAUAUUCACAUAUAUCUUCAACCAGUAAUUGAUGAAUUGAAUGAGUUUUGGGAUCCAGGGGUGCCUACUUAUGAUGCAGCUAGUAAGCAAAUGUUUUACUUACGUGCUGCACUACUUUGGACUAUCAAUGAUUUUCCAGCUUAUGGAAAUCUAUCUGGUUGGAGUACCAAAGGGAAGUAUGCAUGCCCUUGUUGUAAUAAAGAUGUUCGAAGUCAAUGGUUGAUGCAUAGCAAAAAACAUUGCUAUUUGGGUCAUCGUCGAUUUCUAGCUAUUGAUCAUCCUUAUCGUCUAAAUCGAGCGCAGUUUGAUGGGACAAUUGAGAAACAUUCUAGACCUGUUCGAUUAUAUGGGUUUGAGAUUUUAGAACAACUAAGAGAUUUUAGAAAUGAAUUUGGAAAGGAUCAACCAGUUUCCUCAGCUAGGAAAAGGAAAAGGAGGACUAAAGAUAAUAAUGACUUUGAACAAAGUCCCAUAUGUAGGUAUAAUUGGAAAAGAUUGAAUGUAUUCUUUCAGUUACCGUAUUGGGUGGAUAAUUUGCUUCCACAUAAUCUGGAUAUAAUGCAUAUUGAGAAGAAUUUCUUGGAGAAUCUCUUGUGGACACUGUUGGGGAUGGGCAAGACAAAUGAUGACAUUAAUGCUCGAUAUGAUCUAAAAGAAAUGGGGAUAAGAAAGGCACUUCACCCACAAUCUAAGGGUGACAAAGUGUUUCUUCCACCUGCAUGCUUCACAAUGAGCAAAGAUGAAAAAGAAAUUUUUUGUAAUGUGCUAAAAACUGUCAAGGUCCCUGAUGGUUAUGCAUCAAACAUUUCGAGGUGUGUGAAUAUUAAAGAACGACAAAUCUCUGGGUUAAAGAGUCAUGAUUGUCACAUAUUAAUGCAACAAUUGUUAUCCAUUGCUGUGAGAAGAAUAUUGCCUAAACAUGUUUGCAGAAUUAUCAUUGAGUUACGAGAUAUAUUUAGGCAAUUAUACUCGAAAGUGCUUACUGUAGCAGAUUGUGAAACUUUGGAGGACCGUACUCCACUGGCCCUUUGUGAACUUGAGAAGAUGUUUCCACUGGCCCUUUGA